AUGGGGAACCACGUGAAGGCGCGGCCGAAGUCGAGGCCCAAGCCGAAGAGCGUCAAGGCCAAGAUCAACCGCAAGAUGGGGUCUAAGCGGCGCACCCAGCGGAUGGGCAAGGAGCUCAAGAAGGGCGAGAAAGGAGCGGCGGCCAGCUACCUCACGCGCGCCCAGGUGCUCCGCAGGCUGCAAAUCUCCUUGCGAGACUUCCGGCGGCUGUGCAUCCUGAAGGGAGUGUACCCGAGAGAUCCUUCCAAGAAGGCGUCUGGAAAGGACAAGACGUACUACCACAUCAAGGACGUCGGCUUCCUCGCGCACGAGCCCGUGCUGCAGAGUUUCCGUGACUUCAAGGCCUUCAUGCGGAAGCUGCGGCGCACCAUCGGUCGCAAGAACAUCAAGGACGCGCAGCGCAAAGAGCUGAACGAGAGGCCGACGUACAAGCUGGACCACCUGGUGAAGGAGCGAUACCCGCGCUUCGUCGACGCUGUCCGCGACCUGGACGACGCCUUGUCUCUCGUGCAUCUCUUCGCCUCUCUUCCGCAGAUGCGUCGGCAAUCUUCGGCGCACACGCAGACGUGCAAGCGUCUUGUGAAGGAGUGGUCGUUCUACGUGUCCAAGGCAAAGUGUCUCUCCAAGGUGUUCGUCUCCAUCAAGGGCAUCUAUUUCCAGGCAGAGGUGAUGGGCCAGCCGGUCACCUGGGUCACCCCGCACAUGUUCACCACCCGCUACCCGCGCGACGUGGACUUCACGAUCAUGAUGACCUUCCUCGAGUUCUACGAGACACUCCUGAAGUUCGCCAUGUUCAAGCUCUUCCACACCCUGGACCUCAGGUAUCCUCCGACCCUGGACGCGGAGCUAGACGGGGCCGACGCGGGACUGUCAACUCUCAAGACGCAGAGCCUUGAGGGGGCGGGGGGCGGGGACGAGGAGGGUGUCGGUGGGCCCGCGGAUGGCGAGGAAGAGGAGGAGGAGGAGCACCGGGUGCUGCCCAGCACGAAGGAGGAGCGGAGGGAGGCCAAGAAGAGGGUGAAGGAGGAGGGGAAAAAGCUCAAGUCCUUAGAGGCCAAGCUUGGUCAGAUCUCGCGUGCAGACAAGGAAGCUGCGGCAGCCGCCGCCUCAAGCGGCUCGGCGGCGAUCGAGGGAGGGGGGCUCGCGGAGGGUGACGAAGAGGACGCGGAGAUGGGGGACGCGUUGACGGUGCCCCUCGAGGAGGCGUUCAUGUCCCGGACGGAGGAGGGGGAGGAAAUCCUUGCUGAUGACGGCGCGGGCGGGGAGGAGGAACGGCGCAAGCGCUUGUUCAAGGGGCUCAAGUUCUUCUUCGGGCGAGAGGUGCCGAAAAGCUGGCUGGAGUUGGUGGUAACCUCCUGCGGGGGGGGGGUGGGGUGGGAGGGGGAGGGCAGCCCGUUCUCUUCCGCUGAUCCGGGCAUCACCCACCAGAUCGUUGACCGGCCCGUCCUCACGGAGCCCCGCCGCAAGCGCCGGGAGUACCUCCAGCCCCAGUGGGUGCUCGACUCCCUCAACGCGCGCGUGCUCCUGCCGGUGGCCCGCUACGCCCCCGGCGCCGCCCUCCCCCCCCACCUGUCGCCGUUCGUAGACGACGCCUCGGAGGGAUACGUGCCGGCGUACCGGGAGGAGCUGGACAAGCUCAGGUCGGCCGCGGAAGCCAGGCGGAAGAGGGGUGGGGGCUCCAAACCCGCGGAGGAGGGUACCGAGAACGCGGAGGGGGAGGACGAUGUGCUCGACGUGGUCCCGGGAGUCGCCACCGAUGUUUCAUCAUCGGCAACGGCAGCGGGGACGUCCUCGAGGAGCGACGACGAGGCGGAAGAGGACGGGGACGGAGAGGAGGCGUUUGCCAAGGACUUGGAGCGGGAGAGGGCGGGCACCGCAUUCUCGAAGGCGAAAGCGCUAGAAGAAGAGGAGGAGGAGGAGGAUAGUAGCAGCGACGACGACGACAGUGGCGACAGCAGCAGCGAGGAGGAGGAGGAGGAGGACGCGGUGGAAGAAGUGGCGCCGCCUUCUGCGGAGGAGAAGAAGCAGACGGAGGAACAGGAGCACCACGAGAUGUCGAGGAACAUGAUGUCCAAGAAGGCGAAGCGGCUGUACGGGCGCAUGCAGCACGGCCUCAGCAAGCGUCGCGAGGAGGUGGAGCGGCUCAAGGCCAAGCGCAAGAAGCUCGAGGCCCAGUACGACGCCCCGGACGGCAUGGCGGCGAAGAAGAAGAAGAAGAAGAAGAGCAAGGGCAGCAGCAAGAAGAAGGAGACAAGUUCUUCGUAGUACCAGUCGUAUGCAUAGCCGGAAGGAAGGAGCUCAGGAGAGAAGCCGUUUCGGAGGGAGGAACGAAGACUGACUGGCUGUCCUUCUGGCAACGGUUACACAGGCAAUCGUGACAUCUCUGUCUUUGUGUAUCGUCCCACUAAGUCUGGGCGUCAGUCUUAACUAGCCCACCUCUUGGUAUGUUUUCUGGGGCGCGUCAGCCGUUGGGGGGUCACGCAGACAGCACGCUUAUGCCACCCACAAUAAUCACAGAACACGGCGCCGUUGGUGCAAACUGAAUUUGCUGGGGGUGCUGUUUCCUGGCAUCAUCAGCGUUUGAAAGUCAAAGCUAAACAAGUUCUAAUUCAGGGUCGGGGUUCGGGACGGCCCGUCUUUGCAUUUUCAAACGUUGUUCUCCCCCUGUAUGUCUUCGUUUUUGGGAGAAGGAAGGGUUGUGCCUAGCGUCCGCUACACACCGCGAGUGCUCUGUUGUUCCCCCGCCACCCCGAGGUUCUACAGCAGUGUUCAUUUAUGGCCCGUCUCUACUUCUAGAAACACCUAUGCAUAUGUGUGUAGUCACCACCCAGAUCAACGUCGUGAUACGGGCAGUGCCUCUUUUGUCGGCGAGUGGUUGAGAAAUGGAGUGCGUGCUGUGCGCAGGCGGUGCGUGUUGAGGGUCUCGUAAAGAUGUGCGAGGUUUCGCGGGGGGCAUGGGCCGGGAUGAUACCGCGUCCGCCGGUUCCGUGUGUUCGGAGGUAGUGGGAUCCGUCGCGGGUGGUUUGGAAUAGAUAGGCAGGAGGCAUGGAGUCUGCCAGAAUCAAGGCAUUUCGUGGCGCAAUGAUAUUAUCAACGUUGAGGGAAGGAUGACGCGGUGUGUAGAAAUUGGAGAUUUGUGUGCCUGUUCGGUACACAGCGUUGACAAGGCAUGGAGAGGAACAACAACAAAUUGUUAACUGACAACGAUGCGGCGAAGCGCUUCGUGGAAAGCAAGACUUUCGAUGUUGGAGGUCGAGGUUCGUCGCUGUUGUUCCCCUCUGUCGAAUAAAGUACUUACCGAAUUUUCG